CCCAUCAGCAAACCAAAGAAUUUGGUAUCUCUUACUAAGAAAUUUCCAUAACUAAACGAAAAUAUAAACCGUCUUUUUCCUUAAUUUAUUUUUUGUUCGGUUGUUCCUUUGCCCUUAUUCUUCUCUCUUCUCUGACUAUCUCUUCAGGGAAUUUCGUCCAAAAAGAUGGCGACCACUGACAAGUACAACCUCAAGAAUCCGGCGGUUAAACGGAUUCUUCAAGAAGUAAAAGAAAUGCAAUCUAAUCCUUCCAAUGAUUUUACCAGCCUUCCUCUUGAGGAAAAUAUAUUUGAAUGGCAAUUCGCAAUUAGGGGACCCAGUGAUACUGAGUUUGAGGGUGGUAUAUAUCAUGGACGAAUUCAGCUGCCUGCAGAUUAUCCAUUUAAACCUCCUUCUUUCAUGCUUUUGACGCCAAAUGGUCGUUUUGAGACCCAGACAAAAAUAUGUUUGAGUAUAUCGAACCAUCACCCUGAGCAUUGGCAACCGUCUUGGAGUGUCCGUACGGCGUUGGUGGCACUCAUUGCUUUCAUGCCAACUCCCCCUAAUGGUGCUUUAGGAUCUUUGGACUACAAGAAGGAAGAAAGGCGUAAACUAGCUAUAAGAUCUCGUGAUGUGCCACCAACUUAUGGAACCCCUGAGCGUCAAAAGGUGAUUGAUGAGAUACAUGCAUAUAUGCUCAGUAAGGCUCCCCCAGUUCCAGAAACCCUAAACCAGGCUCCUGAAGACAAUCACAAUGAGAAAUACUUUCAAGCUGAGGGUAGUGAAAAUGCCGGAAGAUCUGAAGAUGCGAUGGAUCCUGAAGAAGGUGAGAUAAAUGUCGAGGAAGCCCAAGCACCUUUGGAGAAUGCCAAUAUUGUCGAUCAUAGGGAUGUUGGGCCAAGGCAAGUCAGAGCCGAAAUUUCAAACCUGCAGCAGGUUUCAAACAGGCCUGCACGUAGAGUACAAAGGUCUACUGACAAUCGCUUUCUUACAUGGGCAGCUGUGGGAUUGACUAUUGCUAUUGCCUUUCUUUUACUGAAGAAGCUUGCAAAGUCUAGUGGUUAUGGCGCCAUUUUUUUAAGUGAAUCAUAGGUAAGACAGUUAUUUUUAUUCAAAAUGAUACUUGGCUAGGUAAACAAGUCACGCUUUUGUGACAAAAUGAUAAUAUUAUGUAUAUGGAGUAGGUGUGAAAUCAAGCUAUAUUUGAUUAUAGCGUUACAUUGUAAACAUUUAUAGCAUGAAUGAUGAUUAUUCCUCCGCAGGAUCUACUGAAGUGUGAUUUAUCUGUUUAAUUCUGUUAGAUGUUGCUUGAACUUUGUUAAUUGUAAACCUCUAUAACAUGAAUGCUGAUUAUGCAUGAUCAAUCUUGA